AUGUCUGAUAACAACAACAACAACCAGAACCAAAGCAUUCUCGGCGGUGUCACUGAUACCCUAGGCAAAGGACUCGGCGGCGUUACCAACACUGCAGGAACUGCUGUCAGCGGUCUAGGAAAGACAUUGGGCGACACAACUGCUGGCCUGGGAAACACUGUCUCGGGCAUUGCUGGAGGAGUUGGAAAUACCGCCAGCAACGUGGGUGACGGCGCGAAGAAUACCGUCCAAGGUCUUGGAGGACAGAAGUCGGAUGAGAAGAAAUAA